AUGAACGAUAGUAGACGUGUUGUGUAUCGCUCUGCGCCGAAAGAACGUGAUCCAGCUUAUGCUCCGGUCUACGAGCCUGAGUACGGUCAACCAACAGUCAUUCGUUCAGCGGAUAUAGUUUCAUCGGAAGCAAACGUACCGGGAUCAUCGCGACGUGUUGUUCUUGUUCGACGUCCUAAUGGAGUUCAGAACUCGACUCAAGUGUUAAGUCCUGAGCGUUACCAACAGGUCAUUCACACAAGACCAAGAUCUCGUUCACCAAGUCCAAUACAAACAUAUUAUACACAAUCGGCUCCCAAAGUCCAACGAUAUCAAGAUGUUGAUGAUGAUGUAGGCUGCUGUGGAUGUUGCGAAGAGAGCUCAAGUUCACGAAAUUACAGUUAUAGUUCAUCAGACAGUUACGGUAACGCAUCCGUCUGGAACAGAAUUCUGACCUAUAUGAAAAGACACACCUGUUUAAUCAUAACUAUCGCUCUGAUCGUUCUUUUCAUUGCCGUUUUCUGUGUCAUCGUUUGCGGAGUCUAUCUCGGUUUAUAUCCUUCGUCCAAUGCUGGUCUGAAAAUAGCUGGUAUUGUCAUUGGUACUCUACUAGCAGUUGGUACAGUCAUUUUUUUGCUCUUUAUGUUAUGUUGCCUCGGUCAACAAGACGGAUUCUUUUCCUACUUUGGCAAACGUCCACGUAUCGGUGGUCAAGCGUAUGCACUGAUGCCACCGCCCAAUUCUGCACAAUACGCUCAACCAACCGGUCAGGUCUACGCCGUGUCAGGACAACGCCCUGCUAAUAUUGUCUAUCCUACGACAGUAACAAAUAGUUAUGAAGCGAAGCCCAAUAAAAACAAUAUAGUUGUCGAGUUACCUGAACAUCUCGUUUCGGGAAGACAAACAACUCCAAGAACGCGAGAACGUAAUUUGAAUAAAGUCGUACAGAACAUCAGUCACGUUGUUGACGAUGCCAAGAAACGAAACCAUGGCGAAGCGCCAGGCACAGUUCUUGUCAAAGUUACCUAA